AUGCACUUCCUCAUCCCCGUCCUCGUUUUCGUCGCCGCCAACAUCUGGGGGCUGUAUAGCAGCAUCCCAUUCACCAACAUCGACCCUGCCCGCUCCUUCCUGAACCGCGCCCUGGGGGGAGUCCAACUGGCCAGCACUGUCUACACGCUGGACCAGAUCCCCGGCCUCCUCGACGAACAAGCCAUCCCACACCACCUCAUCCAAGGGUAUCUAGGUGGCUGGAAUGCCACCGUGGUGUCCGAAACGGAGUCAGCAAUGGCUCUCAGUGCUGGUCACAGACCAUUGACUGCUCCGUUGACCGUUCCUCCUGGCUUGUUCCCCUCGCCCCCCUCAUCGACACCGACGGCCGUGAACCCGCGCGAGCCGUCCGCGCCACGACAUACGCCCGUCGACGGUUUCGCCCAGGCCGUGGUGACCGUGAUCUUCGCCCUGGUCGUCUGGAUCAUGGUCAAGCAAAACGACCACACCAGACGACUGACAAGCGUGCUCGAAGAAAUCGGUCUGGUACAGCAGCACCAGGAAACCGCCUGGAAGGGGAUCGUGGAAAACCACACCAGUCUCACAUACUUGGUGUCGGUUGCACACGACCUACGUGCCGCCCCAGCGUAUCGUCCGCCGGUCGAAGAGAUGGAUGCCCACGGCAGUGAAGGCAGCACCUCGUCGUCCACUGCAAGCAGUGUCCUCGUCGGCCAGAGCUUGCAGGAGGUGCUGGCCAGCCUCGACACGCUGCGCCAAACUAUCGACCGGAGUACGGACGUGUGGGAAGGGCUUUCCGAGAGGUUGGAGGUCUUCCAAUCGGGGUCGCAAGUUACCCAGCCGACUGAGUCCAGCGGCGACGACCCGAAUGGAUCCUCGACAGGAGGUCUGGCGCAGGAUGGGUGA